UUUAAAUUAUAUUAAAGAUGGUGCUAAGAAAACAAAGGUAAGCAAAAUAGCUGACCAUUAUGCUUUAUUGAAGGAACAUAGAUGAUUUUUAUCUAAAAAUAAUUUGAUAGACUAGAAGAGAAUAUUAGCAUUUUCUUUUAAUUUUAAGGCAAUUUCAAGUAGCUUCACUGAGGACUUUCAAUCAAUUAGCAUUAUACAGAGAAAGAUCAUGACAAAUAGAGCUAUACACAAUCCCUUAACUUUCUUCUCUACCCUUCUAGCCUUAACUUUGCUCCCAGCUCUUCUAACUAAACUUUAUGAUAUUUCCAAAAACUCUGAUCCUAAAUUUCCCUGAUCUUGAAUAAUUUCAUAAAGCCUAGCUCAUUAACUAAAUUCCUAUUCUCUCAAUUGUAUUACCAAAAUCCAUAAAAAUAUAGGCAGAAGGGAUCAGCAGUAAAUCUAAGCAGGGCUCGGCAGACAAGGCUUGAUUACAUGAAGAAACGCCUUGAAAAAAGAUUUCAGCAAGAGAUUAAUCGGAAAAAUGAAGCAAGAUCAGUAGAGAAUUUACCUAUUAGCAUGCAGGAAAAUAGACUCUCCAAUGGCUACAUUGCUGCUUAUGCCUGAGGCCCACUUACCAGGCAACGGUAUAUUAAUGAACGCAUGGAGAUCGAGCUAGCCAAUUUUAAAAUUGAGGUGAAAUAAGAGAUUUGAAAACAGUCAAAUCACUACUUGGAAAUUCCCUAGAAAGCCCAAUGAUUCUCCUGAGCGUGAGGCUACUUUUGAGAGAGGUAAUUAUAAUCUGAAGGACCAGAAGAUGAUAGAUCAGUGGAAUACAAUUGAUAAUUAUUAUAAGAAAAGAAUGAAAUACAAAACAAACAAGCCGCAUAUCCAAGUCCCGUCUCAAGGAGAAUCAGGGAAUAAUUACACUGAGCCAACUAUUGAUAUCAGUGAACCUCCUGAGUUAAGAAACUCGCAUAAUAUGUCUACUAGGGCUAAAAUACCUGAGAAAAUCAAGUUUCAAGAGAAAACAAUAAAAUUUGACUUUUCUAAGUUGAGAGAGGAGAAAUUUCAUGAUUUUUACCACAAGAAUAACAAAAGUGUGGAGACAACCAGAAUUCAUAAAGAUUCUUCACGUAAUAAAACUCAGAAGUUGAACUUAUUUAAUAAUCCAAGUAAUCGCUCACGAAGUGGCAAAAAGAGAAGCCAGAUUCAAACCAAUUACAUCAAAUCUUUGAUUAAGAGCAAUACUGAGCUACAGGAAGCUAAUAAACCAAAGAAGUUUUAUGCAACAAUAGCUCAAAGUUAUGAACGGGCAUCUUCAAAGUCAGGCAGGAGUAAUCGUCGGGCGAACCUUAACAGAAAGAAGUAUGAAAAGAGGAGCAACAAGAGUAAAGAGUUCAUUGCUGAAGCGAAGCGGCUGGACAGCAUCAGGACUAACAACUUAAAUAUGUUGAAAAAUAAGUAUAACAUGAGUAGGAAUAUCCAAGACAAAAUUUACAGAAGUGGGACUGGAGAGAUAUCCCUCCAUCAUCUAGCUUCAAUAAACAAGCCGCCUAUCAGUGAUGGAAGAAACACCGAUGAUUAUAUAAGAGCGACCACAAGGAGGAAAAAGAGUUCAAAUAAAUAAAUCUGAGAAGAAGUCCAUGCUUUUCAAUAUAAUCCCUUCUUACACCAUCAGCAUGGACUCAUCUAAUAAAUCAAAUAUCAACUGAUAUGACAAGAAUGUCGUUGGGAAGUUCGAUAUUCAGAAGACAUAUAAUAUUUCCACAAAUGCAUCUAAUAGGAACAACCUGACUUUAACAGAUAAAAUUUCAACAUCGAGGUACAAAUCUCACCGGAAAGCCAAUAAGUCAACAGCUAUUGGGGAUAAGAAAACCCAGUUCAUACCGCCUAAAGGAGAUAGCACAAAGAGGAGCUUCUCAGGCAACAAGCAUAAUCCUGUCUUUGCACUCGGCAUUACAAGAAGGAAAAAGAAGAAAUAAU